GCAGGAAAACACUGCUGACAGGGGGUGCGGUCCUUCCUGUGGGCGAGAACGGAACCGGAAAUUCGGCCAUCUCCUCGUACACUCCGGCUACAACAGGUUUCCAUCAACCUACAUCUGGUUUUCAGACCCAAUGUUGCCGCGGGAAGAAAGAGACAAAGUGAGACACGGGCGUCCAUGACUGAGUGAAGGACGAGGAAGAGACGAAGGAGCACACUGGGAGAAUAGAGCCUUAUUCUGAAUCCUUCUUGUGUAACGGAUAUUGCAACAGAAGUCUGUGGCCAGACAGUUGCCAUGUCGACCUCAUCGCUACGGCGACAAGUAAAGAACAUCGUCCACAACUAUUCAGAGGCAGAAAUCAAGGUUAGAGAGGCAACGUCCAAUGACCCAUGGGGUCCCAGCAGCUCUCUCAUGUCAGAGAUCGCAGAUCUGACCUACAACGUUGUGGCCUUCUCAGAAAUUAUGAGCAUGGUGUGGAAACGACUCAAUGACCACGGAAAGAACUGGAGACACGUGUACAAGGCAAUGACUCUUAUGGAAUACCUGAUUAAGACGGGUUCAGAACGCGUUGCCCAACAGUGUCGAGAAAACAUCUACGCAGUCCAAACUCUCAAGGAUUUCCAGUACAUAGACAGAGACGGCAAAGACCAGGGUUUGAAUGUUCGAGAGAAAGCCAAACAGCUUGUGACGUUGUUGAAAGAUGAGGAAAAACUAAGAGAGGAGAGGAUCCACGCUCUAAAAACCAAAGAGAAAAUGGCACAGACCACCAGUGCCUCCUCGGCCCCCUCAGCGCCCAGCCUGGGGGGCAGCCUAUCAGUGGGCUCGCAUUCUUUAGGGCCAGAUCCUGAUCAGGCGUGGCCACAGAGCUCCGGAGAGGAAGACCUGCAGCUUCAGCUGGCUUUGGCCAUGAGUAAAGAAGAGGCAGAGCAGAAUAGCACGGACCCUCUGGAGGAUGCAGAGCUUCGCUAUGCAAUCACACUCAGCCAAGAGAUGCACCAAAAGGAGGAGCGGCUGCGCAGAGGUGAUGAUCUGAGACUGCAGAUGGCCAUUGAAGAGAGCAAGAGGGAGAAACCCAAAGCAGAGGAGGGUGCUCUGAUGGAGCUGAGUGCCGUGGACCCCUGGGGGGCACCUCCUGCUGCCACUGUGAGCUCUGCCGGCCCCUCACCUCCACUCACAGUUUCCGGCCCUUCAUCGUCCGGGCCGUGGGGUACGGCGCCCACAGAUCCAUGGGGGGUAGCAUCACCCACGUCCCCGACAAGCUCCGACCCCUGGGGUGGGGGCGCCCCACCCACUACAGCUCCUCCUCCCGACCCCUGGGGAGAGACUGCCAACAAAGUUAACAACGUGGACCCCUGGGGGAACUCGGCUGUGACCCCCCCCAGUGCUGACCCCUGGGGCUCCCCAGUGCCACCCAGCACAUCCUCCUCGGGGGGACCUGUAGACCCCUGGGCAGGGGAGGGGUCCGUCCAUGCCUCUGACCCUGUCUCCUCCGACAUCUGGAGUGGCACCGCCAAACAAACUAACGGCACAGGAGAUCUGGAGAGGCGAGGGUCUUCAGCAGCAGCGGGUGACAGCACGAGCUCACCGGUGCCCUUUGACCUGUCGUCUCUCGGUUCUUCGCUUCCCGUUCGUAAAACACCCGAGUCCUUCCUCGGCCCCAACGCGGCGCUUGUCGAUCUCGACUCCCUGCUGUCAUCUAAACCCAAACCCAAGCAGCAGCCACCUCCUUCCAUCUCUUCCUCUUCAACAAACAACCCCUUUCUUCAGAACACAGGCUCGUCUCCUGCUCCUGGCAUGGCAGUGACUCCAGGCAGUACGAUUUCCAGCAGGGGCGUUUCUCCAACACCUGCCUCCUCCAACCCUUUUGGCGUUGCUCCUGCCAUGAGCUCCAUCUCACCUCAGCCCUCCUCUUUAGGCCUGAGUGGCCUGCGCACCAGUCCUGUGCCUCCUAACCCCAUGCUGGGCAUGGUUCAACCAGGAAUGGGCAUGGGGCCGAUGAGUGUGGGGAUGGGGGCCCCCGGAAUGGGCCUGGGCAUGAUGCAGGCCAGCCCCAUGGGAAUGCCCUUCAGCAGCCUCUCUCCAAUGGGACCCCCAGGCUCUGCUCUUUUGGGACCGGGAGGCAUGGCGCCCCCUCAGCAGAUUUUGGGCGGGCCCACGGGAGCAGGAGGAAUGAUGGGGGCGGGAGCAUCAAUGGGAGGCGGAGGAACAGCGGGCACGAGCACCAACCCGUUUCUUCUUUGAGGAAGCGCCGUCACUUUUUUUCUGCUCACCUUUCUGCCUCCUCUGUCGUACCCGCUCCACCCUCGUCAUUCAUUUGUCCCACCAUCGCAAAUUGUG